AUGAACCCUCUAAAGGAAGAGUACAGGCUCUCAUACGUUCCACUGCAGGAUGAACCCCAGAAUGCGACAAGGACAAAAGCGCGACCCUUAUCGUCAGCCGAGCAGGUGUUUCUACAGUCUCAGGCACAGCCAUUCUGGGCAUCAAGCUGGACCUUGGAAAUUCUGAGUUGUCUCACAUCGAUUGUGUUUUUCAUUGCUAUUAUUGUGGUUCUCUGGUAUUAUGACGGAAGGCCAAUGCCUGACUGGCCCUAUGGCAUUACUCUCAACGCGCUAGUAUCCGUUUUAAGCACGGUUAUGAAAGCUUCUAUGGCUUUCAUUGUGGCCGAGGGCUUGGCCCAGCUCAAAUGGUCGUGGUUUCGUGGUGGGAACAAGUUGAGUGAUCUACCUCUUCUUGACGCUGGAAGUCGUGGGGCUAUGGGAUCUCUUCUUGUUCUUUGCAGAACUAUGCCUCGGCACCUCAUCACGUUUGGAUGUUUGGUACUGGUUAUAUCCACUGCUACCGAUCCAUUUGUUCAGCAAGUCAUGUCUGUCAAAGAGCGACCGAUUCAUGCCCCGGGUCACUCUUCCGUACAAGUCUGCAACACCAGCACAUAUACGGAUUAUGGUGAAGGCGCCGGUCCUGGUAUGAACCAGGUACCACUUGCAUCACUUGGAGCCAUCUACUCUGGCAUCUUUCAAACAUCCAGUCCGAACAGAAAAAGUAUCAUGAUGGACUGUCCGACCGGAAACUGCACCUUUGCACCAUAUCAAUCCCUGGGAUUCUGUAGCCGUUGUGCGAACAUUACAGACUCCCUGACGCUCUCGAAGUCCGCGAUUAUCCCCAGUGAACCUACUUACAACUACAAAUUACCCAACGGACUCAUGUUCUCAACUUCUAUAAACGGGAUGUACUUGAUGAACUCAACAUCAUCACGAAACCUUAUCAAAUUAGACACGAAGGACAAAGCUUCGAUUCUCAACUUUACUGCAAUUAGUGCAUCGGGCUACGGGGUCCCACCUCAAGUAAGCGCAACUGAAUGUGCGCUUUUCUUCUGUGUCGACACAUACCACGCAACCGUGCAGGGCGGCACAUUCUCAGAAAACCGAACCGCCUUCUCCACCACAGCGAAUACUUCUUCGGUCCUCGAAAACUUCUCCCUAACGCCAGACACAUGUUAUACCAAUGGAACACGACUUGAAAAGCCAUACAACAGCACCGACGACUGCUCAUACAACGUCAACUGGCUUAGUCGCUUAGCAAUGUCGAACUCGAUCUCCCCACUUCUCCACGGCCACGGCUCGCUCUUUAUAAGCAAUAGACCAAGCUGGUCUUCCAAUGUCAUCCAAGCUCUGUACGGAGUCGAAGGCAAUUACACGGACAUUAACUCAGUCUUUCAAGCACUAGCUACUACGCUUACCAUCAAUGCGCGGUCCAAUGUCUGUAAAGAGAAAGUCAACGGAAUCCCGUGGACCACUCAGUCAUUCAUCCGCGUGAGCUGGAAAUGGAUGAUUCUCCCAGGGGCCUUGGUUGUUCUAAGUAUGACUUUCAUGAUCAUUACAAUCAUGCAUACAAGAAACCAAUAUAUCUGGAAAUCGUCGCCUCUGGCUCUUCUUUUCUCGGAGCUGUUGAUUGAUGAGCCACUUCCGCUACGAUCGGAUCCGACUCUGAAGGGCAUGGAGAACACGUCGAGGAAUAUGGAAGUCUGGCUGGAGACAACUCCGGAGGGAGUUAGAUUGAAAGCUGUGCCGACUUCGCGACGAUAA